AUGCAGGGCUAUUCUUACACGACAUCAUCUGGGCCUCCUCGGGAAGGGCAGAAAAAUUAUGUCUUUGUUGACGAGCAUAAUAGGCAUAAGCGGCUGAAAGUUAUGCGAGCUUGUAAUGGCUGCCGGAAACGAAAGAUAAAGUGUGAUGCAGCUACGACAAAUACUUGGCCAUGCUCAGCGUGCACGCGUCUGAAGCUAGUCUGCAUCCCUCCCACAAUCGGACAAGAUAGCGACUAUCCUGGUCCGGGGCAAGGUAGUGAGACUGAUUCUGCUGGAUAUACGGAUACAUCGAAACAACCAGAUCCUCUACACCAUGGCCUUCCCAUUCAGCAGGACUUUGUAGGCGGGAAUCCCCAUGCUACAGGAAACAUGGGCACGUACUCCAGUGGAGUUGGGAUGUAUUCAUCCUACGUACCACAGUCACACAAUCAACAUGGAGUAUAUGGCGAGGCACAACCUCCUCAGAUUGCAGUCUCGCAUCAUUCGUUUCAACAGCCUGUUUUUUCAGACGGCCCUUCUCAAACGCUUGCGAGUGCGGACAGUGGUAUAUUCGUCGAACAGGACCAAUCAACUGCUGAAGGCCUGAGUGAGGCGCUUGGCGAGCUGAAAAUUGACGAAACUGGUAUUGGUAAGGAUUCUCCUGACGGCGGCGAAAUGUUACUUACUGUGAAGAUACCUAUUAUACUAACCUCUAGCGUAGCACCCUAUAUCAGGCAAGAGAAGCAGCGAAUGAAGGAACCGGAAGCCCCGGUUCAAGACGAGCUUGACGAGAAACUGCCGCCGCUCAGUACAGAGGCAGGUUCGACGGUUCGAAUUCCCCCGGAACUUAUGCCCUCCAACGAAGAGGCCAUGAACUAUUUCAGGAUUUUUUUCUCGGAUAUACACCCUUAUGUCCCUGUCGUUCACCGUUCCCAUUUGUAUCAACAAUGGCGGAAUGAUCGGGCUGCGAUCUCCCCAUUGUUACUCGAAGCUUUGUUCGCCUGCGCGGGGAGGAUGUCAGAUGAUCCUGCUCAGGGUGCACAGUGGCUCGCGCUUGCAAACCGGCACGAGUCAAGUUUCAUGGACGUGCCUCGUUUGAGCACCAUUCAAGCAUUACUUUUGCUGCUCAAAGCACGAGAAUCUGCACCAAAAAAGGGCUAUUACUAUCGUUCUUGGCAAACCGUAAAGACGAUUAUUUCAAUGGCCAAAGACCUUGACAUUCACGAGCAUUAUAGUAUCCAUAAGGAAGGCAAAUCUUGCAAUAUAGAUCCUGUAGAAUGCCUGGUCCAAACGAGGGUGUGGCAAACACUUUUGGUUGUUGAAGUGAUGAUUGGAGGUCCUCAAGGUUUGCAGAGAUUGCCUCCCCCCUCUCCUUCAAUGUUGGGUCAUGAGGAAUCUAACAUAUUCACAGGGCGUUCGGAUUACGAAGUCGAUCCUGAGACUGUGGAUAUGAGGCCAAAAUUGGACAUUCCAGGCCUUGAUCAAUUCGAGGCCGACCGAUCUCGACAGUUUUCUUAUUUUGUUCGAAAUGCAUAUCAUAUCCGUAUUUACACGGAACUUUAUCAUAAAAUCAAGAAACAAAAGGACUGGGGAGCUGAUCCUCGCUUUGCCGAAAAUAAUCCACUCUUCAGUGACUGGCUCCGCAGCCUUCCUCCUGAUCUGCAGGUACACUACCCUGAGGAUGGAUCUCCACCUUGGCUGCCUUCGCAUUUUGUCGGCAAUAUGCAUUCCCAUUGCCACUUGGGUAUUAUAAUGCUCCAUCGCCCACAGCUCCUUGCGUCGAAAUCCUUUGCUCCGGGAGGUGAAUGGAAGACUCAUAUGUCUUUGUGCUAUUCAUCUGCAAAAUGUCUAUGUCGGUUACAAGAGGCAAUCCUCGCUCGUUUUGGGUUACCUGGUCUGCUUUACAUGCAACGGGGCAUUAAUUUUACGAUAUAUGCCAUCUUAACAUGCACGAUGUUGCAUCUGAUCGCGAUUACUUCACCAGAUCCUGACUUUCACUCCGAUGCGCGCGACUAUUUCACUCGGCACAUGCGCAUACUUGAGCAGUGUUCUUCUAGUUGGCCACUUCCGGAGAUACAGGCACAGAUCGACUCUUUGAGGCUCGCGUUUUCUGCUGACAUCAACCGCCCAUUUGAACUCAAACCCACCUUUCCAUACGGAAGCCCCUCAGAGCAAUAUCAUCCAAGUCCACCGCCGCUUGAUGCACAAUACAACUCUCACUUCAGCCAGCCUCAAGCUCCCUCUCCUAGUCGACUGGGCUACAGCGCACAUCCCAUCACUCCGCCUAUCUCUGCCGGAGCUGAGGAUUCCAAGCCUGAGUCUCCUCAGCUGCAGACAUCAGGCAUGGUACAACAAAAUCCGCCAAAUCAUCCAGUGGGCGUUCCUCUAGUAGAUGAAAACAGCUGGGAUCCCACUCGGAUUAUUAACCAAUGGGACAUGGCUUUUUCUGUGAUCCCGUCUAACGCCAGUACGAACUCGCCACCUAUGGGCUUUAACACUGCAGGCCAAACUAUCGUCGAUACCAUGCCGAAUCAAUAUUCCAUGCAAUAUGCAGCUGCGGGGAAGAUGGCGUCAAUGGCUGCGACGCAGUCUGCAUCUCAACAGACGUUCAGUACGCAGCCGAUUGUUAUGACUGCACGAGACUGGCAGCAAAGCGUUGCUAGCGUAUACGAUCCGCAUGGGCUGAAGCGCAGAUGGAAUUAUUCGGUAGACAUGUCAUCGGAGAAUGCCUCCAAAAGGGCACGAUGA